GCCGUUAGAGUCUGCGGCCGGGACUUCCGGCCCUGUGGCAGUGCUGAGCGGUCUCUGGGCCGAGAGUCCCUAUGCUGGUUGGCCGAGAUGCGGAAUAUCAAAAUCUUCAGCGGCAGCUCUCACCGGGACUUAUCCCAGAAGACUGCCGACCGCCUAGGCCUAGAGCUGGGCAAGGUGGUGACGAAGAAAUUCAGCAACCAGGAGACGUGCGUGGAGCUUGGCGAGAGCGCGGGCGAGGACAUCUACAUCGUUCAGAGCGGCUGUGACGAGAUCAACGACAGCCUGAUGGAGCUGCUGAUCAUGCUGAACGCCUGCAAGAUGGCCUUGGCCAGCCAGAUGACGGCGGUCAUCCCGUGCCGCCAGGACAAGAAGGACCAGAGCCGGGCCCCCAUCUCGGCCAAGCUAGUGGCCAAUAUGCUGUCGAUAGCAGGCGCGGACCAUAUCAUCACCAUGGAGCUGCACGCGUCUCAGAUCCAGGGCUUCUUCGAUAUCUCCGUCGAUAAUCUGUACGCCGAGACGGCUGUCCUGAGGUGGAUCUGGGAGAAGAUCCCCGAGUGGACGAACUGCACCGUGGUCUCUCCGGACGCUGGCGGGGCCAAGAGGGUGGCGGCCAUUACUGACCGGUUGAACGUGGACUUCGCCCUGAUUCACAAGGAGCGGAAGAAGGCCAGUGAGGUGGACCACAUGGUGCUGGUGGGCGACGUGAGAAGCCGCGCGGCUGUCCUGGUGGAUGACAUGGCCGACACCUGUGGGACCAUAUGCCACGCGGCCGACAAGCUGCUGUCGUCUGGAGCCACCAAGGUGUACGCCAUCCUGACUCAUGGCAUCUUUUCCGGCCCGGCCGUGUCUCGCAUCAACGGCGCCUGCUUUGAAGCAGUGGUGGUCACCAGCACCAUACCGCAGGAGGACAAGAGGAGGCACUGCCCCAAAAUCCAGGUGAUGAACAUCAUGAUCCUGGCCGAGGCCAUCUGGAGGACUCACAAUGGGGAGUCCGUGUCCUACCAGUUUAGCCAUGUUCCUUUAUAACAGAAUAACGCCCGGGGUUAUUUCAGUUUAAAAUAAGAUGCAACAAACACACACCCUGCCUGUUAUUUCUUUCUUUCUUUCUUUCUUUUUUUUUUUUUCCUUUUUUUCUCUCUUGGCUACUUGUUGAGAAGUUCAGAAGACCCAUCUUAUUCCAGUGUGGCUUUUCUACAGCCCACAUCAGGUAGAUCAGAGUUUAUCUUUAAAUUGGGGGAAGAGAUUGAAGAUAAAUGCUGGGAUUUUCCGGACCGGGUGGACCCCUUCCGGCUGCUUGGAUAUUUUGUGAAUCUUGCAGUUUUCACUCUAGCUCAGAGGCUGCAGGGGUUCAGUCUUUUGAGGGUGUUGGGUAGAGGUAUUUGAGAGGGAUUGGGGGACAUUGAAACUAUUACACGUGACUAGAUCAGGAGGGGAGGCGGCAAAGUGCAGCAAAUUGCCUUUUGCAAGGAAGACUGCGGAUGCUUGGUUAUACCUACUCCUUGUAAGUAAGCUUUAUCUCCAACCACCUUGACAUUUUCGCAGCCAAACAUCCCAGUGGGCCCAAGUGGCCAGUGUAUCAUAGUUUUCUGGAAAGCACACUAACUUUUCUUCUAUGUAAUCUCUAAUGUUUAGGCAGGUGUUUUUGCUGUAGCUUAAUCUUCCUGGGCCUGUUAACACCAGGCUAGUAGGUAUUAGAUGACACUGUACUGCUUUUUGAUGAAACAUUUAAUUUUCAGGUUCCUUCCCCGUACUUGUUUGAUCUCUCAAAUGACUUCAGGUUUAUAUUAAACCAUCGCCCCUUGGGAAUAUUGUCACUUGUAAGUGAAACCAGUAAAGUGUUUGCAUUGUGUGUAUGGGGGAGGGAGCAUUUGAAAUUUCUAAUCUCUGAGAAAACAAAAGUUCAUAAGAGUUCCUAAAGGGUAUAACGAAAACAAAGUAACUUUAAAGAAACAAUAUUCUCAUUGCUAUCAAACUUCUCAUUUAAACUCCCCUGCAAUAAGCAAAACACAACAAUUUAUUUGUAAUUUUAAAUGAAUAUUAUUUUUAACCUAAAUUUCUGUGUCCAGCCAAACUAUCAUUCAAAUUUAAAGUCAAAUUUUAGUAUUUUUCAAAUAUGAAAGAAUUCAGAAAGUUUGUCACCAUGAAUGCUUUCAGAAACUAUUACCUGAAGAUACUAAAAUUAAAAAAAAAAUUUUUUUCUUGACAGGCAGAGUUAGAGAGAGUGAGAGAGACAGAGAGAAAGGUCUUCCUUUGCUGUUGGUUCACCCCCCAAGUGGCUGCUAUGUCCGGCGCGUUGCUGUGGGUGCACUGCGCCUAUCCGAAGCCAGGAGCCAGGUGCUUCCUCCUGCUCUCCCAUGAGGAUGCAGGGCCCAAGGACCUGGGCCACAGCAGAGAGCUGGACUGGAAGUAAAAUGUUAUAUUAGGGGCCGGCGCUGUGGUGCAGCGGGUUAAGGCCCUGGCCUGAAGUGCCGGCAUCCCAUAUGGGCGCAAGUUCUAGUCUCGGCUAUUCCUCUUCCAAUCUAGCUCUCUGCUGAGGAUCGUAAGUACUUGAGCUGUCACCUGCUCUCUUCCAGGGACAUUUCACAUUCUGUCCUAGAGUGCAUGUGUUCAAGUCCUGCCUCUGCUUCCAAUCCAGCUUCCACCCAGUGUGCACAAUAGAAGACAGUAGGUGAUGACUUAGGUUUGUGGGUCUGUGCCACUCACAUGGGAGACUUGGAUUGAUUUCUGGACUCCUGGAUGCAUCCUGGCCCAACCCCAGCUGUUGUGGGCUUUUGGUGUGUGAACCAGAGAGGGAAGAUCUCUUUCUGUCUCUGCUCUCUGUCUCCCUUUCAGACAAAAAUAAAGUAAAAAUUCUUUGUUAAAAAAAUUAACUGUUAGAAUUCCUAAGAGUUGUUAAAGUGAAUUUAUGUAAGGUAAACUCUCCUACAUAAUAGCAAAAUAUAAUAUAAAAAUUUAAUUGAGGAGCCAGGGCUGUGGCGUGGUGGGUAGAGCCACCGCCUGUGGUGCCAGCAUCCCAUGUAGGCUCUGGUUCAAGUCCUAGUUGCUCCACUUCAGAUCCAGUUCCCUGAUGAUGUGCCUGGGAAAGCAACAGAGGAUGGCCUAAGUGCUUGGGCCCCUGCACCCAUGUGAGAGACCCAGAGGAGGCUCCUGGCUCCUGGCUUUGGAUGGGCCCAGCUCUGGCCAUUGUGGGCAUUUGGGUAGUGCACUAGUGGAUGAAGGAAUUCUCUUUCUGUCUCUCUGUAGCCCUGCCUUUCAAGUAAAUAAAUAAAUAUUUGAAAAAAAAGUGAAAAAAACAUUUCCACAUUCUAACACAAUAAAUCCACAAAAUUACCAGGAAUGAACCCCAAAAUGAUAAGACUUGUCUGAAAAUCAGUCUACUAAGAGAUAUAGAAAACAUCUGAAUAAAUAAAUUAAGAAACUAGAGAGGAAGAACAAUUUUGUGAGAACAGUGGUGUUCUCAAAUCAUCUACUAUAAACCCAAUCAAAAUCCCUACAGGAAUUUUUUUGGAAAGAUAACUUGACAAGCUUUUCUUGAAGUUCAUCUGGAAGCAUUUAAGUGUACAAAAUUCAAGAUCUUUUCGAAUAUGUUUUUUCAUUCCAAUAUAUUAAAACAUCAUAAAGCUAUAGUAGUUAAAAAUGUGGUAUUGAUGCAGGAAUAGAUGCAUAAAUUAAUAUUGCAGAAUUCCGAUUCCUGAAAGAGACCAAUGCAAACUUACAGGAAUUUAGUAUACACCUACUCUAUUUAACGAAGGGACUGUGUUACUGGAAAGAGGCACAUGACUGAAUCAACUCCAUAGGUGAAUCACUAGCACAAGUCCCCGUGGAGAUGCUUUCCUGAUAUCAUGCCUUGGCAACCACUCCUGCUGUCUACUCCGAUUCUCUGAAGUGAGCAUGAGCCUUCUGCAGUAGCUCUGUUUAUAAUUUUCCUUAAACAAUUGCUGGGCAAUCCAGAUUGUACUGAUGCUUAGGAUGGCUUCUUAGUGUCAGUUUUCAUUUAUCAGUGUCUAACUUCUUGAUGAUCUUAACUUUUCUGAUUCCUCAAUUAUAUCCUGAAAAUCACAAAAGCCUUCUCAAAGCCUCUACGAUCCCUUAGAGUAGUACUUGUUUAUAAGAAGCAUUUCCACCAUCAUUAUUUCCUCAUACUUAAUCAGUCAUUUGGACAAAAUUCUCUCCAGAACCCAAACAAGAGAGACCAUCCAAUAGUAAAUCAGGCAUGUGCAGAAUGUGUUUACAUCAGAGUGACUGAGUAGUGGCUCCCUAGUCGAAACUAUGGUGUACCCUGUUGUAUUGACUGGGAGUUCACACAACACUUAGAGACUGGAGGGGGAAAUUUUUUAUAUGUAUUUGUGUGUGUAUAUAUAUAUAUAUAUACAUAAAUUACAUCUAAUUCAUAUAUAGAUAUAUAGAGAGAUAUAUAUUAGUUAACCAUCCUCAUCUGCAGAUUCAACCAGGAAAAGGGUGGGUAUUUUUACUUAGUGGCUAAAAGCUGGUUUGAUUUCCUGCUCCAUUUCUAACUCCAACUAACUGCUAAUGCAGACCUGAGGAGACAGUAGUGAGAGCUCAAGUAAUUGAGUUCCUUCUACUCAUGAGAAAGACCUGGAUUGCGUUUCUGGCAUGCAUUUGGGGGAGUCAACCAGAAGAUGGGAGCUCUGUAGGUCCUUCUCUCUCUCUCUCUUUCUCUCUCUCUCUCUCCCAAAUGAAUUAAUUUUUUGAAAUGUUCAGAAAAAAGCUUGCCAUAAUGAAUAGACCUUCUCUUGUCUUGAUUCCCUGAACAAUACAGUCUAACAAACAUUUACAUAGCAUUCAUAUUGGAUGAGUAUUUGUAAAUAUUUCAGAAAUAACUUAAAAGUACUAGUGGAUGUUGGUUAUAUACAAAUAUUACACCUUUUUAUAUAAGGGAUUUGAACAUCUGUGGCUUUUUGUAUUUGCAGGGGGAGCCUAAAACCAAUCCCCUACUGAUAGCAUGGGACAACUGUAUAUGAAAGUGUGUGUGAGUAUGUUAUGCGUGUUUGUAUGUAUACACAAAGAGAGAUUGAAUUCUGUAAACUGGCAUUAAAUCAGAUAUACAGAUAGAUGUUAAAAAGUAUAUCAUAGAUAAAUAAUGCACUGAUUAAUCAAUGUUGCUGGAGAACUGGCUUUUGAUGGGGAAAACAAAAUUUCAUCUCAUCCUUAAAUAAUGAAAAAAAAAUCACAGAGAAUGGCUAUGAAAAACAGAAUUGUAAAAUACUGGAAAAGUGGAAUAAUGUUUAUACUCCAGCAGAGGAGAAGGCCUUCUUAAGUAGGAUAUAAAACUCAGAGCAAAUCAAAGAUAAAAUUGAGACAUGACUCCCGGGGUUCUACAGGCAGGAAUGGGCUGAUAGAUCUACUCAGCUACAAGUAUGUGCUGCUGUUUGAGAGGAAGGAAGAAUGACUCCGAAAGCAGAGCUUCCAUGAGUGGUACCGAGACUGGCAGGGCACUGAGGGCAGUCUGAAGCAGACUGAACUGCCAUCAAGGGCCCCAAGAUUAAUGCAGCCAUCGCUGUAAGCCAGUAGGCUGGCCCUGUGGUCCCAGCAGGUAGAGCAUUAUCUUAGUCCAUUCAGAACUGUAUACAAAUUGCUAUAGUUGGCCGGUUUACAAACACCAGAAAUUUUAUUUAUCACACUCUGGAGAAUGGGAAGUCCAAGAUCAACAUGCUGGCAGAUCCCAGACUGGUGAGGGCCUACUCCCUGGCUCAUGGACGGCACUCUUCUCACCGUGUCCUCCAGUGCCAGGGAUGAGGGGGUGCUUGAGAAGCUCAUUUGCAAAGAGACUAAUCCCAUUGAUGAGGGCUCUACUCUCAUGACCUCACCUGCUAACACCAUCACAAUGGAGCACUGGAUUUCAACACAUGAGUUUGGACAUAUACAAACAUUUUGCAUAUCACAAGCAUCAAGCCUCAGAGGAUUAUUCGCAGGUCUGGAAACCUAAUUAAAUUUGUCCCAAUAGAUAUCAAAGUCGAGACCAGUAACUGCUUUAUUCUUUCCAAUGUCUCCCUUUUCAAAUAGAACAAUACCUGUCCCACAAUUUUAUUUUGGAAGUAGACAACAUGUUUUCUGUUUUUGCAAGUCCAGAAACAGAGAAUUCUGACCAAGGAGGGUUUAUACCUUAGUCUCACCCAUACUGAUGAUUUAGGUGAUGAGAUUUGGGACUUUUGGGCUGAUAUUUCUAUGAGAUUUUGGACUUGGAACAGUUGCAAUAUCUGAGACUUUUGGAGAUGUUGGGAGGUGGUGAAUGUGUUUUGUCACAUGUAGAUAGAUAGGAAUCUGGGGGCAUUAGAUGGCAGGUUUCACAUGGUUGAAUUGUGGUCCCUAAAAAGAUAUAUCCAGGCCGACGCCACGGCUCACUGGGCUAAUCCUCCGCCUUGCGGCGCCAGCCCACCAGGUUCUAGUCCCGGUCAGGGCGCCGGAUUCUGUCCCAGUUGCCCCUCUUCCAGGCCAGCUCUCUGCUGUGGCCAGGGAGUGCAGUGGAGGAUGGCCCAAGUCCUUGGGCCCUGCACCCCAUGGGAGACCAGGAGAAGUACCUGGCUCCUGCCAUCGGAUCAGCGCGGUGCGCCGGCCGCAGUGCGCCGACCGCGGCGGCCAUUGGAGGGUGAACCAACGGCAAAGGAAGACCUUUCUCUCUGUCUGUCUCUCUCACUGUCCACUCUGCCUGUCAAAAAAAAAAAAAAAAAAAAAAAAAAGAUAUAUCCAAAUCAUAUCCCCCAGAACCUGUGAGACUUAUUUGGAUAAGAUGUCCUUGUAAUGAAUUUAGAAGAGAUCAUGCUGGAUUUAGGAUGUGCCUUAAGUACAAUAACAUGUGUCCUUACAAGUGAGAGGCAGAGGAAAUUUUUAGAGACAGAGACACAAAGGAGAAGCUGAUAGGGAUUGGGAUGAUGGAUUUUUUUUUUUUUUGGACAGGCAGAGUGGACAGUGAGAGAGAGAGAGAGAGAGAAAGGUCUUCCUUUUGCUGUUGGUUCACCCUCCAAUGGCCGCCGCAGCAGGCACGCUGUGGCCAGUGCAUUGCGCUGAUCUGAAGCCAGGAGCCAGGUACUUAUCCUGGUCUCCCAUGUGGGUGCAGGGUCCAAGGACUUGGGCCAUCCUCCACUGCACUUCCUGGCCACAGCAGAGAGCUGGCCUGGAAGCGGGGCAACUGGGACAGAAUCCGGCAUCCCGACCGGGACUAGAACCCGGUGUGCCGGCGCCACAAGACAGAGGAUUAGCCUAUUGAGCCACGGUGCCGGGGAUGAUGGAUCUUUAAUUUAAGCAACACCAAGCAUCUCCAGCAGCCACAAGAGGCUAAGAAAAGAGAGCAGAACUGAUUCUCCCUUAGAACCUGAGAGGAAACCACCUGUGCUGAGCCCUUGAUUCUAGUCUUUUGGCCUCCCCAACUGUAUUAGGAAAUAAACCUCUGUUACUUUAAGCCCUCUGGUUCAUAGUAAUUAUUACUGCAUCCCUAAGAAAGUAAUGCAGAUUCCAUAUUAAAAAAGUGAGGUAUCAGGGUAGGCAUUUGGUACAGUGAUGAAAAUGGCACUUGGGACACUUGCAUCCCAAUCAGAGAGCUUGGGUUCGAGUCCCAGUUCCACUUGGGAUUCCAGUUCUCUGCUAAUGUGCACCCUGGGAGGCCAUGAGUGAUGGCUCAUGUAUGAUGGUACUGCCACUCACAUGGAAGACUGGGACCAAGUUCUCAGCUCCUGGCUUUAGCCUGGCCCAUCCCUGGUUGUUGCAGGCAUUUGGAAAGUGAAGUAGUCAAUGGAAGAUCUCUUUUAUCUGUCUGUCUGUCUCUCUCUGUCUUUCAAACAAAUUUUUUUUAAAGUUUAAAAACUUGUCUAAAAAAAGAAAUGGAAUGCUGCUGGAACAAAUACCAAAAAAUGUAGAAGUGGCUAUGGAAUUGGGUCAUGAGUAGAAGCUGGAAAAAUGCUGAGGUGUAUGAUGGGAAAAGGUUAGAUUUUUUUUUUAAUACAUUGCAGAAAUGCAGUUGUUAAAGGAGAUUGUAGUUAGGGAUCAGAGCUUAAGGCAUUUUAGAGACUACAUAUAGAUUACUGGUAGAUAUAGGAAUGUCAAACGGGGUUCUGGUGGAGGUUUCAUAAGGAAAUGAGGAAUAUGUUACUGCAGACUGAGUAAGAGGCUAUCUUUGUUGUAAAGUGGCAGAAAAUAUGGUUGAAUUGGGUAGAAAGCAGAACUUUGGAAGUGAUGAACUUGGAUAUUUACUUGAGAUUUUCCAGUUAACUGUUGAAGACAUAGUCUGAUUCCUCUUUGCUGCUGAUGGUAAAAUGAGAAAGGAAAAUAGAAAGUUGUAGAAGGAACAGUAAAGCAAUAGGAACCAAUAUUUGAUGAAUUGGGAAGCUUCAGUCUCUCCAGAUUGCAAAGGGUGCUAAAAUUAGGAAAUUCUUUGUUGGGAAAGCAAGUUCAGGGUGGAAGUUCAAGGGUGUGGCUGGAUAACCAUUCACUAAAGAAAUUAGAGGUGUGACAAUUAUUCUUAGGUGUUUAAAUUUUAACUGAAAAGUGAUCCCUGUUAGGAAUUUGGAAAACAUUAUGCUGAGUGAAAUAAGCCAGUCCCAAAGGGACAAAUAUCAUAUGUUCUCCCUGAUCGGUGACAACUAACUGAGCACCAAAAAGGAAACCUGUUAAAGUGAAAUGAACACUAUGAGAAAUGGUGACUUGAUCAGCCCUUGCCCUGACUGUUGAUGAGCAGCUUAAUAUGUUAUCCCUCUUAGUAUUUUUUUUGUUUGUUCUACUUAAUACUUUUGGUUGAAUACUGUAAUCAAUACACAGUUAUUCUUAGGUGUUGAAAUUUAACUGAAAAGUGAUUGCUGUUAAAUAUGAGUGGGAAUAAGAGAGGGAAGAGAUGUGCAAUUCAGGACAUGCUCAAGCUGACUUGCCCCAAACGGUAGAGUUAGAAACAUACCAGGGGAUUCCAAUUCAAUCCCAUCAAGGUGGCAUGUACCAAUGCCAUCUCACUAGUCCCAGUGAUCAAUUUCAGUUCACAAUUGAUCAUAAUGAUAGGACUAAGAGCCAAAGGGGUCACAUAAACAAGACUAGUGUCUGCAAAUACUAGCUGAUAGAAUCAAAAAGGGAGAGAAUGAUCCAACAUGGGAAGUGAGAUACACAGCAGACCCAUAGAAUGGCAGAUGUCCUAAACAGCACUCUGGCCUCAGAAUCAGCCCUUAAGGCAUGCGGAUCCGGCUGAAAAGUCCAUGAGAGUAUUUUAGGCAUGGAAAGCCAAGACACUCUGGCAAAAACAAACAAACAAAAAAACAACCAAACAAACAAAAAAAAACAACCACCUAAAUGAAAGAUCUCCGUGAGUGAGAUCCCAGUGGAAAGAACAGGCCAUCAAAGAAGGAGGUACCUUUCUCUGAAGGGAGGAGAGAACUUCCACUUUGACUACGACCUUGUCUAAAUAUGAUCAGAGUCGGUGAACUCAAAAGGCUUCCAUAGCCUUGGCAACUCAUGACAAGAGCCUAGGGUGAUUACUGAUGCCAUAAACAAGAGUGUCAAAUGGUUAAGUCAACAACAGGAGUCACUGUGCACUUACUCCUCAUGUAGGAUCUCUGUCCUUAAUGUGCUGUACGUUGUGAUUUAAUGCUAUAACUAGUACUCAAACAGUAUUUUUUCACUUUGUGUUUCUGUGUGGGUGCAAACUGUUGAAAGCUUUACUUAAUAUAUGCUAAACUGAUCUUCUGUAUAUAAAGAGAAUCGAAAAUGAAUCUUGAUGUGAAUGGAAGGGGAG